AUGGGGUCCGCAAGCAAGCACCCUGCCGGCGGGCGCGGCGACGCCGGCGAGGACCCGGACGACGACUACCUCGGCGAGUCCCACCCCCUGCCUUCCACCUUCUUCGAAGGCCCCGACGAGCACGGCUUCAUCCGCACCAUCUCCUACUACCUCAAGGCGGACGGCUCGAGGGUCAAGGUGACCGCUACCUCGCGCGCGUGGAAGCUCUCCAGCGCCGCCGCCGAAAGGCGGUCGUGGCUCAAGUUCGGUGACGCGGCUGCGGACGGGGACACCUCGCCGCUCACCACGGUCUCCCCCGUCAACGUCUUCCUCGAGCUCCGCGACCGCGGCGUUCCCGUGUACCAUCUGGACCACCGUGCGAGCGACGGCAAGCCCGUGCACGCGGAGACGUACACCGACGAGAACGGCCUCCCCAAGAUACCCGCCGGGCAAGGCUCGUGGGCGAAAGCCGGGGCCACUACCGACGAAGCUCUCGGCGAGGAGGAGGAGGAGGACGAGGGCCGCCGGGAGCUUGGCGCGGACGAGGACUCGGUUCUCCCGCCCCGCGUCGUCAUCAGGCCCGACGAGAACCAGGACGCGAACACGGUGAAGGUCGUCACGACGAGGACUCGCGUCGGCAAGGUCUCCAAGGCGGUGGCGGAGCGUCGGUUGUGGCCCAAGUUCGGCGACGCGGCGGCGGACGGGGACACCUCGCCGCUCACCACUGUCUCCCCCGUCGAUGUCUUCCUCGAGCUCCGCGAUCGCACCGUCCCCGUUUAUCAUUUGGACCACCGUGCCAGUGCGGGGAACGCCGGCUUAGCGCACGCGGAGAAGUACUAUACCGGCUUCCCCGACGACGCCAAGAAGCUCGUCACCAACAGCAGCUUCCCCAGGUUGCUCGCGGGGCACUGUUUCUGCGCCAAGUCUGACGCCACGACAGACGACGUGAUGGGCAAGAAGGAGGAGCGCCAUGGGGAACUCGGCGGGAGCCUGGCUCAGGUUUUGGUCCGCAAUCUGCCCAGGACAGCCGACGAGGAGGACAUCAGACGUCUCUUCGGCAAGUUCGGCAACGUCGUCAGCCUUCAGAUUGCUGUGAGCCGCAGAACCAAGAUCGGCAUGGGCUUCGCGUUCGUCACGUUUCUGCACCAAGACCAGGCGCAGGCUGCCAUCGAUGGCCUCGACGGAGUCCGGUUCGGCAGCCUCAUCCUCAGUGCUGAGUGGGCUUAG